AAUCCUAACGCAUCGAAGAGUAAAAUUAAAAAAAAAACCGAAAAUGUCAGACGAAUCAGAUAUAGAAAUACAUUCGGCGUUACCGAAAACUAAGAAGAAAAUAUCACCAAUGAGUCCAACACAAGGGUUGCUGAAGGAGAAAAAAGCUGCACCGAAAACGAAAAAACUACCGACAUCUACCGCAGUCGCUGGGGACGUGGUAAAAGAAGUAAAAAAAAUGAGCACGAAAGAGAUGGUCAACCAGGCGCUAUCGAAAUCAAGAAGUCGGAAAGGGAUAUCGCUAUACGUCAUCAAGAAACACAUACAAGAAAACAACAGCGUCGAUAUCGACAAGAUAAAUUAUUACAUCAAAAAGCACAUAAAAGAAAGCGUCAAAGAUGGAACCAUUAUACAAACGAAAGGCGUCGGAGCUUCUGGAUCGUUUAGAUUAGCACCAGUUAGCAAACAGCCGAAAGAACCAUCAAAGAAACCCAAAAAAACAACAGAAAACGAAAAAACUGAAAAACCAAAAAAAGUAAAAACCUCUAAAGAAGUACUCCUAAAUGAAGAACCAAAACCCAAGAAGAAAGUAUCGAAGAAAGUCGCAGUGGAAAAGGACAUAAAACCAUCGAAAAGUGUUAAAAUAAAAGAAAAUAUGAUGAAAAAUAGUCCAAAACCCGGCCCAUCGAGUAUGAAGACUCCCAAAAAGAAAGUCAACCGUAUGAUGAAGAGGAAAAGUAUCGGUUCUAUCAUAAAAACGCCGAAAAUGAAGCCCAGAGCUGUAAAGUGAAUUAGAAAUAAUACCUUAAUGAAACCAAGAGCAAUUUUUGUGAUUUAUAAAUAAUUAAUGAAGCCAAUAGUAAAUGUUAAAAAAGUGAAUAUGAAAAAGUGAAAAUCUGUGUUGUAACUAUCUUGUAUGUGUGUGUAAAUCCAUUUUGUAUUAUAAGGUAUGACAUUAAAAAUGUAAUCAAUA